AUGGCUUCCUUGGCACGCUCACUGGCCAGAAAUUCUUCUCCAUCGGCUCUUUUUGGUCGGCAGCACGUCCUCAGGUCCAUUACCACCUGGUCAAAUGUUCCCGCCGGUCCACCCGAUCCCAUUCUUGGCGUCACUGAGGCUUUCAAAGCAUGUACCAGUCCCCUCAAAAUGAACCUCGGCGUGGGCGCUUACAGGGACCAAGAUGGUAAACCAUUCGUCUUACCAUCUGUUCGACAAGCUGAAGCGGCCAUUGUUGCGGCCAAGUACGACAAGGAAUAUCUAGGAAUCACCGGUUUUCCAGAGUUUACCAAGCGUGCAGCAAUUUUGGCUUACGGUUCUGACAGUGCACCCCUGAAGGAGGGCCGAAUCGCAAUCACCCAAUCCAUCUCUGGCACUGGUGCUCUCAGGAUUGGCGGUGCUUUCCUCCAACGAUUUUACCCCCACUCCAAGUCGAUCUACCUCCCCACACCGACAUGGGGAAACCACAUCCCGAUCUUCAAAGACUCCGGCCUGGAAGUUAAACAAUACCGAUACUACGACAAGAAGACCGUUGGGCUUGAUGCGAGUGGUAUGCUCGAGGACAUCAAGAACGCGCCUGAUCGCUCGAUCAUCUUACUGCAUGCAUGUGCUCACAAUCCAACUGGAGUGGAUGCUACCCAGGAACAAUGGAAACAAAUCGCACAAGUUAUCAAAGAGAAGGGCCAUUUCAGUUUCUUUGACAUGGCAUACCAAGGCUUUGCCUCGGGGGAUGUUGAUCGGGACGCCUUUGCGCCGCGAUACUUUGUCUCACAAGGCUUAGACAUCGUACUUUCUCAAUCAUUUGCCAAGAACAUGGGUCUCUAUGGCGAACGAGUCGGGGCAUUCUCGGUCGUCUGCUCGAGCCCAGAGGAGAAGAGCAAGGUCGAAAGUCAGGUCAAGAUCUUGGUUCGACCCAUGUACUCCAAUCCUCCCGUCCAUGGUGCCAGAAUUGCGGGUACUAUCUUAAGCGAUCCUGCCCUUUACAAACAAUGGCUCGGAGAGGUCAAAUUGAUGGCCGAUCGAAUCAUCGGAAUGCGUACUGCACUAUACGACACCCUUGUUAAUGAACUCGGAAGCCAACGGAAUUGGGACCACAUUAAAUCCCAAAUAGGCAUGUUUUGUUUCGCUGGUAUCUCGCCAGAACAAGUGGAACAAAUGACCAAGAACCACCAUGUUUACAUGACUAAAGAUGGCCGUAUCUCCAUGGCUGGUGUUACUCCUCACAACGUCAAGAACUUGGCCAAAGCCUUACACGAUGUCACCAAAUGA